UUUUCUUUUAGCUGUUUCUGUUGCCAAGAACAAACACGCCAUUUGUAAACGAAAAAGAACCUGUCAUUUCUGAAACAAUAUUUUUACUGGAUGUAUUUCUAAGAAGGACAUAAUGUCAUCCAGAGCGAGUAGAAGUGGUGGAAAGCCAUUUUCUGCAAAUCGUACACGUGUUGAUAGCGCUAAUAAAACAUCUGGUGGACAGGCUUACCCAGAAAUCAAACAGAGAGGAUAUUACUCUGAUAUUAUAGGAACUGACGGGAGUGAUGGACAAUUAGAUUAUGUAUUAAAUGGACCAACAACUGCACAAGACACACUGUGGAAUGUUGCCAAAGAAAAACACACACCAAAAGUCACAGCAUUUGAAGAAAAAGGAAAUGUUAUUGAACAGAUCAAAGGCCAGUCACAUGGACCCUCAACAGAAAUUACAGCAAUAUCAGAUUUUUCAAAAAGUUCAAGUGAACCAAAGGUCCAGUUGCCAUUUUACACAAAACCUGGAGAUUGUCCAAGGAAAAUUGAAGUAGAAAGGAGAAGAAGAUUAUAUUCUACACUUGAAUUGAAGAAUCUCUUGAAAGAUCAGGGAAUAAAAACUGAUCAGUUGAUGCCAAAACAGACCAGUAUGCCAGUCCAAAUCAACAUGGAUCCCAAUGAUCCCGCCCCAUUCCCUGCAUACCUGCCUUUACAUUUAUUUGACAAUGAGGAACAUGACUGUCGUCUGCCAACUGAGUGGCUUAAGAUGGGACAAGAUAAUGGAACCAGGAAACCAGUUCCUGCUCUUGCUCUGUUACCCAGUAAAGAUACUGACAAAGAAUUGGAUCGAACUGACCCAAAGAUCAAAUAUGAAUGGACUGAUGUAGGUAUCCUAGAUUAUGACCCUAAACAGCAGUUAUUCUUUGUACAGAAGUGUAAUUCCUCAGGCAGGAUUGUAGAUGAGUCUGGUAAAGCUGUAGUAAAUGGAGGAUUCCAAUCAGAUGGCUCUAGAAUGGACUUAAAGAACCAGUUUUGGGUACACAGAGUUAGAUUAAUGUUAAAAGCUGAAGAUCCAAGGAUCUUUGCCCAGCGAGUAGCCGAGGCAUUUAGACUACGUAAAGAAACGGAAGCUAUUCUGAGAUAUAACCUGUAUGUUGACUGUAUGCCUAUGGAUGGUGUUGGAGAAUUAGAUCAAGCUUCACUCAGACGGAUGGUUGAAUGUGCUAAAAAUAGUCCUGGAUUAGGAAGAGAUAAAAAUUUGGAAGAUUAUAUUCAAGUUUUGGAGAAGGAAGUGAAUAUUGACUUUUGUUGGUCUAUGAACAGAAUUAUAUUUGACAAAACAGUGGAUGAAGAUCCUGUCACUUUUGCCUUUGUCACCAAACCUGAAAAGAAGGAAGAACUUGUACCCGUUAAAGGCUGUGUUCUUGAUGUACCAGAAUACCCUUAUGAUCAGAACUAUGAUCAGUUUGCCUUCCAUUCUCUGUUAACACGUAAAGAGAGUAUUGAGGCUACUGGGAAAGUCAGAACAGAGUGUAACAAAGUCUGUGGAAUGUCACUCUUUCACAUCCCCACCACUAAACCAAUGAGAUUAGAAGAAUUUGAACAGACACAAUCACAAGCUACCUCACAAGUAUCCCUCUUCCUCAAAGACAGCUGGAUAACAGUAUUGAGGACUCAUAUCCGUACUUCACUUAGAGAUGUAGGCAAAGGAUGGUUCAACAUACAUGAGACAAAUUGGGAGGUGUACCAAAUCUCUAAACUCAAAGCAUUCAUGGAAAUGGUUAAAUUUAUUAUGCAGGACUCCAUGAGAUAUUUGAUUCAAGAAUCACUACUGAGCUUCACACAGAUGGUUAUUGAUGCUUGCCACUCAGCUCUCACUCUUGAGGAGGAAUUUGUUUGGGGAGGUGACUUCAUCAUGAGCCCUUUUAAACCAAAGAGAAAUGCCUUGUUUCUUGUUGAUCUGAUGUUAGAUAACCUGGGUGCUCACUAUAGUACCAAUCUGAACAGCUUCGAGAGCAUGUUGGUUGGUCUGUUUGAUAAAGGGAUACAAUCAACACAGCAGAUCCCUCAGUUGGAAAAGUACAUUCUUGAGGAUAUCACCUGGUCAGGCACACCUCUUCUGGAAUCUGUAGGAGAACAUGAGCCAUUUGUGGAAGAAUUAAGAGACAAUAUUUGUAACUCGAUAAGAAAGGCUGUGAUUCCAAUGAAAGCAUAUGCCAAAGAGUAUGAGAAACAUUUAGAGCUGAUGAAUACAGAUAUCAACAAAUAUGUAGAGGAAUAUGAUGCUCAAGAACACACAGCACAGGAGGUCAAGGAUGAAGUAGAACUGCAUUUAAAAGAACGAGAAAUUUUAGAGAAUGCCUUACCCACCAAUGUAGUGAUCGGACCAUUCUGGGUCAACACUGACCAGGUCAAGCAGAAACUGUGUAAGAAGAGGAAAGAACUCAGUCUGGCUGUACUGGAACUACUAGCCAAGAAACUUAGAAAACAGGCUGAUGAUGCAUGUGAAUCGUUUAAAGAUAUAAGCAGGAAGUUGUAUGACAAAUGUAAUUGUAUUGAAGAGCUUUCAGACAUGAGGGAAUGGAUGAAAGGAAUUCCAGAGAAAAUCAAGGAACAUCAGGAACAAAUUGACAAAGCUAUGGAAGAUUAUGAAUUGAUAGAAGAAUUUUACUACAAUCUGUCACAAGAUGAUUUCAAUGCAAAGUGGACUGCUAUUGCAUGGCCCCAUAAGAUAGAGAGACAAAUGGAGGCAACCUAUACACAGUUAGAGGAGGAUGAAGAGAGGUUCCGUAAACUACAGACAUCUGACCAGGCUAACUUCAAUGACCGUUUGGACACACUACAAAUGGUAGUAGCUGGUAUGGCUGCUCACACAGACAUUAGUAGAGCACAAGAAAUAGCAAAUGAGGUUAGGAGGAUCAACAAACAACUGAAAGAGGCACAAACUUUGGCCCAGACAUACAACAACAGAGAAAGGUUGUUUGGUCAACCAGUAACAAAUUACGACAAAUUAGGCAAGCUUGUUAAGGAUUUUGAACCGUUCCGUAACUUGUGGCUGACCGCUUCUGAUUGGUUAAGAUGGCAUGAGAGCUGGAUGAACGACCCAUUGGAGACCAUUAAUGCUGAAGAAGUCGAGAAAAACGUCAAUGAUUCUUACAAAACAAUGCACAAAUCUAAUAAGGUGUUUGCAGAGAUGCCAGGUGUACAACAAGUAGCUGCUGAGAUCAAAGCUAACAUUGAGGACUUCAAACCAUUUAUUCCACUGAUCCAAGGUCUACGUAAUCCUGGUAUGAGGAACAGACAUUGGGAACAGUUGUCAGAAGACAUUGGCAUGGCAGUUCGUCCUAAGAAGAAUUUGACAUUCUCCAAGUGUUUGGAGAUGGGACUAGAUAAACACAUGGCUACAAUCACCAAGGUAGCUGAAGUAGCUGGAAAAGAAUACUCCAUUGAACAGGCCUUAGAUAAGAUGGAGAAGGAAUGGGAUCCUGUCUAUUUUGAGAUUAAAGACUAUAAGAAUACAGGAACAUACAUCCUAAAGGCAUCUGAAGAAACAUCACAGUUGUUGGACGAUCAUAUCGUCAUGACUCAGAGUAUGUCAUUCUCACCAUACAAGAAGCCUUUCGAGGAUCGUAUCAGCAACUGGGAAAAUAAGCUCAAAACAACACAGGAUGUGUUAGAUGAAUGGUUAGCUUGUCAGAGAUCGUGGCUGUACUUGGAACCUAUUUUUAGCUCUGAUGACAUUCAAAGACAGCUUCCUGUAGAGAGUAAGAGGUACCAAACCAUGGACAGAAUCUGGAGAAAAAUCAUGAAAACUGCCAGAGAUAACCCACAGGUCAUUUCACUUUGUCCAGAUAAUCGUCUCUUGGACAAUCUCCGUGAAAGCAACAAACUUUUGGAACAGGUACAGAAAGGUCUGAGUGAGUAUCUGGAGACAAAGAGAAAUGCUUUCCCCAGAUUCUACUUCCUGUCUGAUGAUGAAUUGUUGGAAAUUCUCUCCCAGACUAAAGAUCCUAAAGCUGUACAGCCUCAUCUCAAGAAAUGUUUUGAGAAUAUUGCUAAGUUGCAAUUCGAGGAUGAUUUGAAGAUAACAAAGAUGUUCUCAGGAGAAGGAGAAGAAGUAGAAUUUAUUAGGACUAUGUACCCCACUGGAAAUGUGGAAGAAUGGAUGUUAGAAAUUGAAAAUUGUAUGAAGGAGAGUAUGAGACUCAUUAUCAAAGCUGCUCUUGAAGAUUAUAAAGUUAAAGCCAGAACUCAAUGGGUAUUGGACUGGCCAGGACAAGUGGUCAUCUGUGGUUGUCAGACAUACUGGACAGAAGAAGUGUCCGGAGCCUUGGCCGAGGGAAAUCUGAAGGAAUUAUUUGAUGUUCUUCUGUCACAAUUAGACGAUUUACGAAAUUUAGUGAGAACUGAUUUAUCUAGGAUUGGACGUAUGACCAUGUCUGCUUUGAUUGUAGUAGAAGUGCAUGCUAGAGAUGUUAUUAUUAAGAUGUUAGAGGAAGGCGUGGCCAAUCAGAAUGACUUUGAAUGGGUCAGCCAAAUCCGAUAUUAUUGGCAUGACGAGAACAUGUGGUUAAGAGCUGUCAAUGCAGAAUUUGCAUAUGGUUAUGAAUAUCUUGGUAACACAUUACGUCUUGUCAUCACUCCUUUAACUGACAGAUGUUAUCUGACUUUAACUGGAGCUCUUCAUCUGAAGUUUGGUGGUGCUCCUGCAGGACCAGCUGGCACAGGAAAAACAGAAACCACAAAGGAUCUUGCCAAAGCUAUGGCCAAUCAAUGUGUUGUAUUUAACUGCUCUGACCAGCUGGAUUACAUGGCUAUGGGUAAAUUCUUCAAAGGAUUAGCAAGCACUGGAGCCUGGGCAUGCUUUGAUGAGUUUAAUCGUAUAAACGUAGAAGUAUUGUCAGUAGUUGCCAUGCAAAUUAUGGUCAUUCAUCAUGCUAUGUGUGAGAAGGUAGACAGAUUUAUAUUUGAGGGUGUAGAGUUGUCAUUGAAAGCAUCAUGUGCUGUUUUUAUCACCAUGAACCCUGGAUAUGCUGGGAGAACAGAACUGCCAGACAAUUUGAAAGCUUUGUUUAGACCAGUGGCUAUGAUGGUACCAGAUUACGCUCUGAUUGCUGAAAUCAGUUUAUUCUCAUUUGGUUUCUCAGAUGCAAAACAACUGGCCAAGAAAAUCGUCACCACUUUCAAAUUGUCAUCAGAACAGCUUAGUUCUCAGGACCAUUAUGACUUCGGUAUGAGAGCUGUGAAAUCUGUAAUAUCUGCUGCUGGUAACCUAAAGAGACAGUACCAAGACAUGAAUGAGGAAUUGAUCUGUUUGAGAGCUAUUAGAGAUGUCAAUGUGCCAAAAUUCUUGGUAGAAGAUUUGAAAUUGUUUGGUGGUAUUGUGUCUGACUUGUUCCCUAACAUCAAAGAAGAACCAAUUGAUUAUGGAUCUCUUGAAACAUCCCUGAGGAAGAAUUGUACCAAGAGUGGAAUUAAAGAUGUUGAUGGGUUUAUCAACAAGUGUAUUCAGUUGUUUGAGACAACAGUGGUUAGACACGGUCUUAUGUUGGUAGGACCUACAGGAUCUGGCAAAACUAAGUGUUAUGAAGUCUUAAAGAAUGCCUGCACAGCUUUGCAAGGAGAAAUGUCACCAGCUGGAUUUAUAUUUGAUCCAGUUAUGACCUAUAUAUUGAACCCCAAAUCCAUCACUAUGGGACAGCUUUAUGGUGAAUUUGAUGCCAUGACCCAUGAAUGGACUGAUGGUAUCUUAUCAACUUUAAUCAGAGUUGGUAGUUCUUCAAUCGACACACUAAAACGUUGGUAUGUUUUUGAUGGUCCAGUAGAUGCUGUAUGGAUUGAGAGUAUGAACACAGUAUUGGAUGAUAACAAGAAACUUUGUCUCAGCAGUGGUGAAAUUAUCAAGUUAACAGAUCACAUGACUAUGAUGUUUGAAGUAUCAGAUUUAGCUGUGGCCUCCCCAGCAACAGUCAGUAGAUGUGGUAUGGUCUACUUAGAGCCUAGUUACAUUGGACUACCACCAUUUGUAGAAUGUUGGCUGAGAAAAUUACCAGAACCAAUAGAACCAUAUCAUGAUCAACUGAAAGAACUCUUUGAUGGUUUUCUACAGCCUGUAGUGAAAUUUGUCAGAAAGAACAUACGAGAGGUUGUUGACACUGUGGACUGUAACCUUGUGUUCAGUUGGCUGAAGUUAUUGGAGUGUUUCUUUACACCAUUUGUCCCUCAGGAGGAAUUAUUUCUAAGUGCCCCUAAAGAAGGAGAGGGAGAGGAACAUCAAGAGGAAGUUGGAGACAAACCAAUACCUCAGGAACGAUUGGAAAGAGUAAAAGAGCUGAUUGAGCCAUGGUUUAUCUUUUCCAUGAUCUGGUCUGUAGGCUGUACAGGAGAUAAUGACAGCUGGACUAAAUUCUCUAAUUGGGUCCGAGAAAAAAUGACUGAAAUGAAGUUUCAACUAUUAUUCCCUGGAGAAGGACUAAUCUAUGACUAUAGACUUGAUGAUGCUGGAAUUAGUAGCAGUAAGUCAGAUGAGUUGUUGGAAGAGGAGGUUCCUGAGAAAAAAGAGGUCUGUUGGAAGAACUGGUUAAUCGGUUGUCCAGAUUUUACCAUCACUCCAGACACCAAGUUUUCAGACAUCAUCGUACCAACUAUUGACAAUAUCAGAAGUUCUUGCAUUCUUGAAAUGUUGCUGACCAACAAAAAAUCUGUCAUGUCUGUGGGUCCAACAGGUACUGGGAAAACACUGACUAUUGCUGACAAACUUGGUACAAAAAUGCCAAAAGAAUACAUUCCAGAAUUCAUGGUCUUCUCUGCUAAAACUAGUGCCAAUCAGACACAAGAUCUCAUUGAUGGAAAACUCGACAAGAGACGUAAAGGAGUAUUUGGACCACCACUUGGGAAAUAUUUUAUCUUCUUCAUUGAUGAUUUGAACAUGCCAGCAUUAGAGGAAUAUGGUGCCCAGCCUCCAAUAGAGUUAAUCAGACAAUGGAUGGAUUUCAAAGGAUGGUACGAUAGAAAACAGAUUGGUGACUUCCGUAACUUAGUAGAUGUCAACUUCUGUUGCGCCAUGGGGCCACCUGGUGGAGGCAGGAAUCCAAUCUCCGCAAGAUUGUUACGCCAUUUUAACUUUAUUGCCUUCACUGAAAUGGAAGAUUCUAGUAAACGCAAGAUUUUUGGUAGCAUAUUCAAGUCUUGGGUCGAUACCGAGUUAAUGGGUUUGGUAAAUGAAGUUCCUGCUAUGCAGCAACAUGUAGACCAAAUGGUAACAACAUGUAUUUCUGUUUACAACACCAUCACCACACAGCUCCUGCCCACGCCCACCAAAUCUCAUUAUACCUUCAACUUGAGAGAUUUGUCGAAAGUUUUCCAGGGAAUGUUGAUGGUUGAUCCUACCAAAAUUGAUGGAUUGCCAAGCUUAUUGAGACUCUGGUAUCAUGAAAGUUGUCGGGUUUUCCAAGACCGUCUCGUCAAUGAUGAAGAUCGUAACUGGUUUGGUAGCUUGAUAAAAGAAAAAAUGAAAACUGACUUCAAGAUGGAGUUUGAGGAAGUUGUUCCAAAGGAGCCAGUUAUUUAUGGAGACUUUAUGUCAAGUGUAGGAGAAAACAAGCCAUACAUUGAGAUAGAAGAUCACGUCAAAAUGGUCAAGGUUUUAGACGAGUCAUUAGAUGAUUACAAUCAAAUCAACACAGCUCAGAUGAAACUUGUAUUGUUUAUGGAUGCAGUCAAGCAUAUCAGUCGAAUCAGUCGUGUCAUUAGACAGCCGUUAGGAAAUGCUCUGUUGCUUGGUAUGGGGGGUAGUGGUAGACAAAGUUUAACAAGGUUAUCAGCACAUAUUGCUGAAUUUGAUUGUUUCCAGAUUGAAUUGGCUAAAAACUAUGGUAUUAAUGAAUGGAAAGAGGAUUUGAAAAAAGUUAUGAUGAAAGCAGGUUUAGAAAGCAAACCUGUGGUGUUUUUGUUCAGUGACACACAAAUUAAGAGUGAAUCAUUCCUUGAAGACAUUAAUAACAUUUUGAAUGCUGGUGAUGUACCCAAUAUUUACGCUUUUGAUGACCAAGAACAGAUUUUUACAGCUAUGAAGCCAUAUGUUCAAGAUUUAGGUCUUCCACCAACCAAAACUAACUUGUUUUCUGCCUAUACAAAGAGAGUUAAAAGUAACCUUCACACUGUUAUCACUAUGAGCCCUCUUGGUGAGAUCUUCAGAGCCAGACUUAGACAGUUCCCAGCUUUGGUCAACUGUUGUACAAUUGAUUGGUUCAGUGAAUGGCCAGCGGAUGCCCUGAGAUCUGUUGCAAUGAGGUUCCUUAAUGACAUCCCAGAAUUAGAUUGUACUGAUCAAGUUAUGGAAGGCUUAGUUACGAUGUGUCAAGAAAUCCAGGUGUCCGUAUUUAAUUAUACAGAAAAGUUCUUAGCAGAGUUAAAUCGUCACAACUAUGUCACACCUACCAGUUACCUAGAAUUGUUGGGAAUAUUCUCUCGUCUUGUUGGAUUGAAGAAAACUGAACUGAAUAGAUCUAGAAACAGACUGAAAACUGGUUUAGAUAAGUUGUUGAAAACAGCAGAGGAGGUAGACAAGUUACAAGAUGAGUUGGCUUCCAUGAAACCUUUACUUGAAGAGGCUGUCAAAGAGUCAGUAUCUACUAUGGAACAAAUCUCUAAAGAUACAAUUGUUGCCAAUGAAACAAAAGAAGUGGUACAAAAAGAGGAGGCGUCUGCUACAAUCAAGGCUAAAGAAACACAGGCCAUUGCUGAUGAUGCUCAACGUGAUCUAAAUGAAGCUUUGCCUGCAUUGGAUGCAGCUGUAGCCAGUUUGAAGUCAUUGACUAAGACUGAUGUUGUGGAAGUCAAGUCCCUUAACAACCCACCACAGGGAGUAAGAAUGGUCAUAGAGGCUGUUUGUAUCAUGAAGGGUAUUAAACCAAAGAGAGUUGCUGGAGAUAAGCCAGGACAAAAGAUAGAUGAUUACUGGGAUGUAGGUAAAGCACAGCUGAGUGACCCCGGUAAAUUCCUUGAAAGUUUAUUCAAGUAUGACAAAGAUAACAUCCCUGAUGAUAAUAUUAAAAGAAUCCAGCCAUACAUUGAUGAUGAAGCCUUCACACCUGCUGCUAUUGCCAAGGUAUCUAAGGCCUGUACAUCAAUCUGCAUGUGGGCAAGAGCUAUGCACAAAUAUCACUUUGUUGCAAGAGGUGUAGCCCCAAAGAGAGAAAAGCUUCGUCAAGCUUCAGAAGAAUUAGCUGAAACACAGCGUAUACUGGAUGCUGCUAGACAGAGGCUUAAUGAAGUAACAGAAGGUAUUGCUACACUUCAGGAGAAAUAUGAAGAUGUCGUCCGAAAGAAGGACGAAUUGGAACACAAGUGCAAGGAAUGUGAGGAUAGACUCAUCAGAGCAGAUAAGCUGAUUGGUGGUUUAGCAGAUGAAAAGGAAAGAUGGAAGGAAUCAGUAGAAACAUUGGAGAAAGUCAUUGAUAACUAUGUAGGAGAUGUGUUAAUAUCGUCUGCUUACAUAGCCUAUCUUGGUCCAUUCACUGGAGAUUUCAGACAAAGGAUGUUUGACGAUUGGGUAAAAGAACUAGACAAAUUAAAAGUCCCCAGAACAGAUGAUCCAUCCUUGAUCUCUACCAUGAGUGACCCAGUCAAAGUUCGUAGCUGGCAGAUUGCAGGUCUACCUAAGGAUAAUUUGUCUGUAGAGAAUGGUGUCAUUGUACAGUAUUCCAGGAGAUGGCCCCUGUUUAUUGACCCUCAAGGUCAAGCUAAUAAAUGGGUUAAAAAUCUGGAAAGAGAUGCAGGCCUAGAUGUGAUAAAGUUGUCUGAUAAAGAUUUCCUCAGGUCGUUGGAGAAUGCUGUAAGGUUUGGUAAACCAUGUCUGCUAGAGAAUAUUGGCGUUGAACUUGAUCCUGCCUUGGAACCUAUACUUUUAAAACAGACAUUCAAGCAACAAGGAAGCUUGGUUAUCAAACUGGGAGAUGCUAUUAUCCCUUAUCAUCAUGACUUCAAAUUCUACAUCACCACAAAACUCCCUAAUCCACAUUAUACACCAGAAGUGUCAACUAAAGUAACUUUAGUCAAUUUUACACUGUCACCAAGUGGAUUGGAAGAUCAGAUGUUGGGUAUUGUAGUAGCAGAGGAACGUCCAGAUCUAGAGGAAGCUAAGAAUCAACUGAUUGUAAGCAAUGCUAAGAUGAAACAGGAAUUAAAGGAAAUUGAAGACAGAAUUUUAGAGAGACUGAGUUCUUCAGAAGGAAGCCCUGUAGAUGAUAUAGAUCUCAUCAAUACUUUAGAUGCUUCUAAAGUCAAAUCUAUGGAAAUUCAGGCUAAAGUGUUGGUAGCUGAACAGACAGAGAAAGAUAUUGACCAGACCAGGAGUCAGUACAUUCCUGUGGCAGUAAAUACUCAGAUCCUGUUCUUCUGUGUGUCAGAUAUGGGCAACAUUGAUCCUAUGUACCAGUAUUCUCUCGAAUGGUUUGUUACCAUAUUCCUUGGUGGAAUAUCACAGGCAGAACGAGCAGACAACCUUCAACAGCGUGUGUUGAACAUCAACAACUAUUUCACAUUCAGUCUGUAUUCCAAUGUCUGCAGAUCUUUGUUUGAGAAGGAUAAACUUCUCUUUGCUUUCUUGUUAUGUACCAGAAUGAAAAUGUAUCGAGGAGAAAUAAAUAUGGAUGAGUGGCGUUUCAUGUUAGCUGGAGGCACACAUGUUAUGAAAGAAACACCUAAUCCUGCUCCAGAGUGGAUAUCAGGAAGAUCAUGGCUAGAUAUUACCACCACACAGGUCCUCGACAAAUUUGCCAAGUUUUCUGAAGAUUUUAAAAACAAUUUGGAUGGAUACAAGAGAAUCUUUGACAGUAUAAUUCCACACAAGGAAGAGCUGCCAGGUACUUGGAAAGAUGACUUCGAUGAUUUCCAGAAAAUGAUAGUUCUGAAGUGUUUGAGACCUGACAAAAUAACUGAUGCUAUGCAGGACUAUGUCACCAAAUACCUUGGGCAAAGAUUUAUUGAACCUCAAACAGCUGAUUUAGACCUUGUCUUCAAAGAUUCUGCUCCCACAAUUCCUCUGAUUUUUGUCUUGUCUGCUGGAACUGAUCCUGCGGCAGAUCUUUAUAAAUUUGCUGACAAGUUGAGAUUCUCUAAGAAAUUGAAUGCCAUUUCCCUAGGUCAAGGUCAGGGUCCCAGAGCAGAAGCCAUGAUGAGAAGUGCCAUGGAGAGAGGAAAGUGGGUAUUUUUCCAGAAUUGUCAUUUGGCGCCAAGCUUUAUGCCAACAAUGGAAAGACUGGUUGAACAGAUCGAUCCUGAUAAGGUACACAGAGAUUUCCGUUUAUGGUUGACCAGUAUGCCUAGCAAGGUAUUCCCUGUCUUCAUCCUUCAAAAUGGAUCUAAGAUGACAGUAGAGCCACCGAGAGGAAUCAAAGCCAACUUGCUGAAAUCUUAUACAAGCUUCACUGAUGAUUUCCUCAACUCAUGUGAAAACAGGCAUGCUGAAUUUAAAACCCUGUUGUUGUCCCUCUGUUUAUUCCAUGGAGUACUGAUAGAAAGAAGAAAGUUUGGAGCCUUGGGAUUCAACAUUCCGUAUGAGUUUACUGAUGGUGAUCUACGUAUUUGUAUCAGUCAAUUGAAAAUGUUCUUACAAGAAUACAAGGACAUACCACUUAAGGUAUUGAGUUAUACUGGAGGUCACAUCAACUAUGGAGGCAGAGUAACUGACGACUGGGACAGACGAUGCAUGAUGAGUGUCUUAGCCGAUUUCUACUGCAUAGAAGUGAUCGACGAGGACCAUAAGUAUUCUGAGUCCGGAGUUUAUCACCAGAUCCCCACGACCAAUGACCAUAAUGGAUAUAUGGCAUACAUUCGUUCCUUGCCUAUUAAUGACACACCAGAAGUGUUUGGUCUCCAUGAAAACGCCAACAUCACAUUUGCUCAGAAUGAGACAUAUUCCUUGUUGAAAUCUUUACUGAAAUUGCAACCCAAAUCAGCAGCUGGCGCAGGAAAAUCUAGAGAGGAGGUUAUGGAAGAUAGUGCUAAAGACAUCUUAGGAAGAGUUCCAAAACCAAUUGACAUCAAUGAUGUUGUGGAAAAAUAUCCAGUUUUGUAUGAACAGUCCAUGAAUACAGUAUUAACACAAGAAGUCAUUAGAUACAACAGGCUUUUAGAAGCUAUACACGGCAGUUUACAGAAUCUACUUAAAGCCCUGAAAGGAUUGGUGGUCUUGUCUCAGGAAUUAGAAAUGAUGGCUAAUAGCCUUUAUGACAACAGUGUGCCUAAUAUGUGGGCUAAAAAGGCCUAUCCUUCACUGAAACCAUUGGCACAGUGGGUAACAGAUCUGGAAAUGAGGAUGGUUUUUAUUCAGAGUUGGAUCGAUAAUGGAAAUCCAACAUGUUACUGGAUAUCUGGUUUCUUUUUCCCACAAGCCUUCCUUACUGGUACCCUACAGAAUUAUGCUAGAAGGAAGAUUAUCUCCAUUGAUACUAUCUCUUUUGGAUUCAAGAUUUUACCAAAGGUACAGAGAGAAGCCAGGGAAGAAUUGAAAGAAAGUCCAGCAGAUGGAUGCUAUAUCUAUGGAAUGUAUGCUGAGGGAUGUCGCUGGGAUUUUGCUCGCCAUAUGUUGGGAGAGUCCCGUCCAAAGGAGCUUUACACUGAAAUGCCAGUACUUUGGCUUCAACCUGAAUCCAAUAGGAAAACUCCACUUGAAGGAGUCUACGACUGUCCUGCAUAUAAAACACUUACAAGAGCUGGAACUCUGUCAACCACUGGUCACUCUACAAACUUCGUAUUUUCCGUUGAACUUCCAACAGAUAAAGAACAGAAGCACUGGAUAAAACGUGGAGUUGCAAUGUUAUGUGCACUCAACUACUAAACUUUACAAAACAUUUAAAUCGGAAAAAUUAUUGUCUUUAAACUUGAUCGAAUUCAUAUGUAUUGAACCAGUGUAAUUAGUUUCAAAGUACAUAGAUCAGCUUGAACUUUAAUUAGCAAAAGACUUACAAAA